UCCCAGCGCCCUCUCCAUGCUCCUGCUGGCACCUUCGCGGCUCCUACAGCUGUCUGGCAGUAUAUCGGUCUCGACCACACCGGCCCCUAUGAUGUCCCAGUAAGAGAAGGCUCUCAACGGCUCCCUUAUUGUCUUGUGGCUACUUGUCUGCUGUCGGGCCACCAGCUCGCUGUAGCGGUCUCUAGCACCUCUUUCGAGCAGACUACGCUGGCCUUCAAGAAGAUAUUGGCCCUUGCAGGGGUUCCUAAAGGCCUUCGGUGUGACAACUCUCAGUCCUUCCGGGGCUCUGAGUUCCGAUGUCUAUGCCUCUCCUAUUCUAUCCAAAUGCAGUUCAUUUAUAGCCGGUCUCCACAACGUGGAGGUGCCUACGAGCGCCACCAUGCCGAGCUCAAUGAGCAGCUUCGCCUCCUCCAAGCUCGUGACCAACCAUGUGAUCUCACUGUCCUGGAGGCCACUGCUCGCUCCAAUGCUCAGUUUCGCUGGGAUGACCCCGGUUUGGUCAACUCUCCUUGGGACCUGGCUCGCACUUAUCCUUAUCUACAGUGUGCUACCCUUUCUCCUCCAGUCGACCCCACUCUCCCGAAGGCAUUUCAAGAGCCCUCUGCUCGG